UUUAAACAACGUUAUAGUAGUCCCAGCAUAAAAAGUAACCUCUAUAAUAACUCAUAUGAACUUAUUUUAUAUUUACUUACAGGUUCCUCAGCAACAACAUGAAAGGUUACACCAAGUACAAAGUCAUCAUCAUCAUUCACCGCAGUUAAAUCGCCACUUUAAUAAUACACUUCAGCAUUCCAAUAGUCGAACAUCAAUGUUAAGAAAUACAUCGAUCUCAAAUCAAAAUCAUCAACAAUCAAAUUCUACACCUUCUUCACCUCAAUUGGGACAAUUUAAAAGUGGAUCACCAUAUAGAAUAAGUCACCAAUUAUCAAAUGGUUAUUUAUAUCAAUCUCACUCAUCAGUUUCAUCUCAAUCAUCAAUUGUUACAACAAUAUCAGCAUCCCAACGUUUACUCGAAGAGACUUUAUCACAGUCUGGUCCACAUCCAAUGAUAGUUUUACCACGAAAUGGUGGUUAUUGGGUUGAUGGGACAGAUCAUGAAUGUGCAUUUGAUUCACAUGGAAAUCCCGUUCUGCCUUUACCAGCAUGGAGAGCAAAAUUUGAAACAGAUGAUACAGCUAAAUGUUAUCGGCGAUUUUAUAUGACAAGAGAUCAUUCAAAUUUAGUUGGGCAUGAUGAUAAUUUAGGUCCUGUAUUGCUAUCAAUAAAAAAUGAAAAUGUUGCUAAUCAAGAACAUAUUAGAAUUUUAUUACGAUUGAGAACGGGAACAAUGCAUGAAAUAAUACCAGCCUCCUGUCUCAUACCAAAUCCAAGUCCAAUAAAAAUGGCUCGACUCUUAAAUGAUCAAAUAAAUGUUGACAAUUUUAUGCCGGUUAUAUGUCCGAAAGCAUCUCAAUUAAUUGCUAGUUAUGAUGAGCAUGUUAUUGUGACAAAUUUUAAAUUUGGAGUUUUAUACCAAAGAUAUGGACAAACCACUGAAGAAGAACUAUUUUCAAAUAACAACGCGUCUUCAGCCUUCGAUGAAUUCUUAGAUUGUCUGGGGCAAAGAAUCAAGUUGAAGGAGCAUAAAGGGUAUCGUGGAGGCUUAGAUACACAAAAUGGACAUACAGGAGAGAGUGCAAUAUAUGAAAUAUAUAAAGAGCGGGAAAUUAUGUUUCAUGUUUCAACAAUGUUGCCAUACUCUGAAGGUGACUCUCAACAAUUACAACGUAAGAGGCAUAUUGGUAACGAUAUUGUUGCGAUAGUAUUUCAAGAAUCUAAUACGCCAUUCUCACCCGAUAUGAUUGCUAGUAAUUUCCUGCAUGCAUUUAUUGUAAUUCAACCACUUGAACCCAACACACUCAAUACAAGAUAUAAAAUAAGUGUUACAGCACGAGAUGAUGUGCCAUUUUUUGGUCCAACUUUGCCUAAUCCAUCCGUAUUCAAAAAAAGUAGAGAAUUUAAAGAAUUUUUAUUAACAAAACUAAUAAAUGCUGAAAAUGCUUGUUAUAAAGCAGAUAAAUUUUCAAAACUCGAAUUGAGAACAAGAACGUCAUUAUUGCAAAAUCUAGUUGAAGAGUUAAAAGAAAAGACCAGAGAUUUCCUAGGUGCAGAUUUAUCUAAUCCUAUAAGCCCUUUGCAUGAAGCAACAAAUAAGGAAACUAGUAAUGCUGGUACAAGGUUUAUCGACACUGUUCGAAAAGCGCUUAUUUCCAGGGUGCGAUCACAAAGCAGCGUUGACCAAGGAUUUUUAACUAAUACAAUAGACAGAUCAAAGAAAUUAGAAUCAUCAUACAUGAAUACUUUUGGAAGAUCGAAAUCAAAAACAAAAAAAUCGGAUUCUACAACAUCAUCUCCCGAUAUCAACAAUUUUCGCCAAAAACAGGGCUGUAGUAUUGUUCAUCCAAAUGUGGCAACGAGCAAUAUUAAUCAUAUUAAUAAUAAUCAUAGCCCAAAUCAAAAUGAGUUGCCAAUUUCAUUUAAUAACAAUGGAAAUUCUGUGGCUAAUAUGUCAGAAACAAGUGAUGACUCCAGUUUAAACAGUAUUGAUUUAGAUCCAGUAAAUAACAUAGAAGGUGCUGUCUACAUAGAUAGUGAUACAGGUCUAGAGUCGAUGUCAUCUGCUGAAACAACGCCAAAAGCUUGUUCCUUAUGUAUUGAUGGUUCAAGUAACAAUAAAAAAGAGUAUCAUAACAAUAACUGUAAUAAAGAUUUAAAGCAUUUUAGCGACCAUCAUGAGAUUGCUUUUGAAAUUGAAAAUUAUAAGCAAGAAAUAACCAGAUUAAAAUGUGAUAAAUUGGAUUUAUUGAGACAAAAUGUGACGUGUCAACGUGACAUUAAACGGUUAAGGGAAAGAGAAUUAUCGUUACAAGGUGACUUAGCAGCAGCCGGAAAAGAAAUUCUACGGUUAAGGGAUUUAUUGAAGGAAUACAUUCCUGAAGAAGAACUUUCUGGUCCAUCUUCAUUGUCCCAUGUAUAAACAGAUACAAAUUUUUGUCUUCUUAUACAUGAGCGUAAUAUUAAUUUUUUCAAAAUUUGGUUGAAAAAAAUGCAUCACAAUCUAAAAAAAACCCAAGAAUAAAAAAAUUAUAACAUUACACAGUUUUCCAUAAACUUGUAAAAAAUGAUUGACAAAUUUAUAGCACAAGCAAAAGUCACAAAUAAUUUCAAUAAGUAGAUAUAAAUUCAAUUUUGUUCUUUACGUACAUAUAUUAAUUAUCCAUACUGUACGUAUAUAAAUUAUGAAAAAUAUUUUUUCUUGUAUAUCCAAUAACUUUCUUUUUUUCUAUGUUACAAACAGAGUAUAUUCCCCCGGCUUUUUAACACUUUCAUCUUUUAUAUUAUAUUAUCUUAUUCAACUGCACCUUCAGAGAUUUGUCCUAUUAAGUUUAAACAAACAUCAAAAGAAAAAUAUUUCCAGUAAGAUAUCCAUGUAUCUACAAAAUAAUUUAUGUUGUUUCUCCAUGACGUUAAGCAACUAAAAUGUGACAAUUUUUCUUAAAAUUAUGAAUUUUAGUUGAAGGAAUAGUCAUAAGAAAGCCUUCUACUUGAGCUAUAAUUUGGAUGAACAUAAAAUUAGAAAACAAUUUCAUAUGUUUUGAAAUUUGAACUUCCUCGAUGGGUAACCAAAAUUUUUGGUCAAAAUAUUAUAACUACUAAAACUAUAACGUAGUAAAAAAAGAAAAGAAAGAGAUAGCUGAAUGAUCAAUAGAGCUCCUGCUCUAUUCUUUUUAUUGUGGAAUAUUUACCUAAACUCGAAUUAAUAUUUUCAACAAAAAAUAUUUUUCAAGUUUUUAAUUUAAAAAUUUUUAUAAAUUUCUUCUUAGUAAUAUAAAAUAAGUUGUAAAUAAAAUCAAAAUAUUAAAUAAUAUGUAAGUAAAUAUAAAGCAAAAUUUCAAAUUAUUAUUUAAAUUAUUAUUUAAAAAAAAUGUAAUAUCGUUAUAAGACCUUGUUAUAAAAUGGUGUUUUAGUUAAUUGUACGUAUAUAGUUAAUUAAAAUAAAGUUAUAUAAUAUUAAGUUUACAAGUUAAUUUUAACCACAAAGUUUACACACAAUAAUAUCUCUAAAAACAUCUCUUCAAUUUCAAAACCCUAUUAAGAUGAAAAUAAACACUUCUAUUAAAAAAAGUGAAAAAACUACGAUUUGUAAAAAGUAAAGCAAAAUUUAAUUGUGAUUUAUAAUUAUAAAGAAGUAUGAAUGAUUUUAAAUUAACAGAAUUAUAAACGUUAAGUGGCUAAAAUUUUGAUCAAAAAAUUUCUCUUUGGUUCAAAUUGGUCAAUCAAUUUUGAGAAUAAUAUAGAAUACAAAGUAAGCAUCUCAGAAAAAUUAAUACGCUAAGAAUGCAAAGCUGAAGAAGUUAACAAAAUGAUAAGAAGAAGUAGAUGUGACUAAUUUUUUUGCAUGCGGAAAUUUAAGCGAAAUGAGUAUAACAAUGAGAACGGUCAAAUUUUUAAAACAUUUAGGGAAAGAUGUAGGAAUUAUUUUUUUCGUUAAGCUUCUGAAUAAUUUGAGUUAAGUAUGGAAAGAAGUAAAUUAAGUUUUUUGUUUGCUGAAAAACUAAAAAAGUAUUUGCAAAAGAAAUUAAUAUUAUUUAUGAAUGAAGGUUUAUAAUGCAUGCAUGUAGUUGUAUAUAAUAAGGUCUGUAUUUACCUAUACCCAUGUACUAGCUCAAGAAAGAACUAAGGAUAACGGCUAUGUAAAAGUUAUAUGUACUUACGUAAAACCUACAUGUAAUAGCCUUCCCUUUUGCACAGUCUUCCCAUAAAAAAAUUUCGUUUGAUUUUCUAUUAAUUUCGGACUAAUUUUCAACUUAACUAAUUGUACAUGUACUUACAUUAAAAUUGCAUAUUCUGUUUAUUUAUUACAACACAAUCUUUUUUAUCAUUAUUUUGUGUACAUUGUAUUAAUAGGUAAUUGGGUACCCAGUUAAGUAUACCUACCUAAUGUUGCUCAAGAACUAAUAAACCUUAACAUUAUUUAUAAAAUACAUUAAAAAUGUUUAUUGUUAGCACUGUUUUUUCACAUGAGGAUUGAUCUUAUAAUAACAUACAUAUAUGUAUGAAAGUGUUUACUUAUUCAGUUUUUCGGAAAGACCUAUUAAAUACCAUUGCAUCCCUCUAAAUAUGGGUAAAUGUUAUUUUUAACGGAAUUAUCUAUGAAUGUCGAAAAAUAUAUAAUGUAGGUUACAUAUAGAUUAUUCAUUCUUCAUAGAGUUGACAUUUUAUGUAUCUAUUCACAUAAUUUGAAAUUACAUAUUUAUGUACAUACAUAUCUAAGUAGGUACCUACAUACAUAUACUUAGAUUUGCUAAUUAAAUUGUUAAAAUAUUUUUCUAAUCGAAUGAUUACAUAAAAUGUAAUCAAUAAUCAUAUACAGUUUUCAUACUUCAUGUAGAAUAAGAUAAAUAUAAAGCUAAAUUAAUUUUCAAGAAAGCUUUAAUAAGCAAGAAAAUUUAAAUAAGAAUUCUGUUAACUAUGUAAAUAUUUUUUCACGUUUUAAUAUUCCUUUAUUAAAAAAAAUUUACAAUACAUAUGUAUCUAAUAACUAACUAAAAACUAAAGAACAUGUUGAUAUACACAAAUACAAAUAUGUAAUAUAUAUAUGUAUAUAUACAUAUGUAUGUAUAAAUUAUACCUAAUAUAGUAAUGUACCCCUGCACAAGCCUCACAAUAAAAAUUGUUAAUUGAACAAAGUACAUAAUUACAAAAAACAAAACAAAAAGCUAAACCAAAAAAUUUAUGUAAAAACACAAAAUACAAAGCUUAUUUUUUAUACUAAAAAUUCAAUUCAACUAAAGAUAAAUUAACCGCACUACAAAAAUAAGAAUACAUAUUAGAUAAUAAUCUGAAAGUUAUAAAAAUAUAUAAAAUUAUUAUAAAAAAACCAAAGGUUACCUUACGCAUCAUUCACAUCAAAAUUAGUGUUUCAAAUAAAAAUAAAAGUAUAUUUGAAAAUUUUCUUCAAAAAUGUUGGUUAUUAAAAAAAAUUAAAAAUGACACGAACUAAAUGUCUGUGUAAAUUUAGAUGAAUAGAAAUGUUAAAUUUAAAUUUUUACCGAAAAUAAUUAUUUAGUUUUCAAAAUAUCAGAGUAAAU